GCCCUCAAAAACCCUAAUCGCACUCUCGUCUCAAAAAUCUCCGAGGUUUGUUGCGGCCCUUCACUGAAAUCAAAGGACGAAGAAUGUAUCUUCAGUGCUAUAUCAACGAGAAGGGCGAGAAGGUUUACACAACUAAGAAGGAAUCACCGCUUGGUACAGCCACUGAAUCUGCCCAUCCAGCCCGAUUCUCUCCUGAUGAUAAAUAUUCAAAGGAGAGAGUUUUGUUGAAGAAACGGUUUGGUCUUUUACCCACCCAGGGCGCACCUGUCAAGUACUGAAGUCCAAGCUUCUUUUGGUUUUGAUGUUUUCUCUAUUAUCACUGCUAUGUUGUCUCUCUUUUAAUGAAAUGUUGACAUAAACCGUAGUGAGUUUAAGACCAAUUUUCAUGAACCUUU